AUGUCUCGUUCUUUGGAGGUUUGUAGGAAAAUGAAAACGAGAACAGACACCGAACUGAAUGUUACCACACUGGAGGAGGAUGAAUCUUGGCAACUGUUUGUCAAAAAUGUGGGAGAUGAUGCGAAUCUGGAGCAUAUUCAACCAUUGGCAAAGGAAAUUGCAAGAGAGUGUGGUGGUUUACCUUUGGCAAUUACUGUUAUUGGAACAUCUAUGAGAGAGAAGACAAGGGUCGAGCUCUGGAAAGAUGCUCUAAAAUCACUUAGAAUGUCAGAACCUCAUAACAAAGACAUAAAAGAUAAGGUUUACAAGGUCAUUAAGUGGAGUUUUGAUUCUUUAGAAUAUCCGGAUAUUGAAUUAUCCUCAGAGAAAAGAAGCAAACAUGUGAACAAAAAGAGAGGUGACAUUCAAAGUUGCUUCUUGCAUUGCUCCUUAUAUCUGGGGGGUAUUUCAACAGAUGAGCUCAUACGUUGCUUGUGGGCAGAGGGGUUCCUUGGUGAACAUGGCACAUAUGAAGAAGCCUACAACAGGGGAAUCACAAUGAUUGAGAGUCUAAAAGAUGCCUGCUUGCUAGAAGCUCAUAAGAUGUAUUUUUUGAAGAUGCAUGACGUGGUUCGUGAUGUUGCUAUAUGGAUAUCUAAUUCCUUUGGGGAUGAACACAAUUCUUUUAUUCAAGCUGGAAUUGGGUUAACUGAGACAUCACAUAUUAAAACAUCUGCUUCUCUCAAGAGAAUAUCUUUCGUAAGCAACAAAAUUGAACGUCCACCUGAUAACUUCACCAAAUGCCCGCAGACAACAACUUUACAGCUGCAAAAUAAUGAUCGCCUUUGGGAAAUUACCCAUAAAUUUUUUUUUGCAUUUCCAUCCCUACGAGUUCUGAACCUGAGUGGUACUGGUAUUAGAGCACUGCCUUCUUCCAUCAAUUGUUUAUGUCAACUACGUGCUCUAAUAUUACAAAAUUGUCAUUCGUUGAGAGAGUUACCACCUAUCGGUGAUCUUCAUAAUUUGCUCUUGCUCGAUUGUGCUAAUACAAGGUUACAUUGUGUGCCACAAGGAAUAGACGAGUUGACAGAUCUAAGGUUAUUAAUUCUGCCAGGAACUGAUUUAAAGAACAUCAGCAAAUGA